AUGGGGAAGAAGAGUAACCUUACCAGAGAUAGAGAUCGUGACAUUAGUGAGAAAGUUACUCUUGGGAUGGCGUCUACUGGAGUAGGAAGAGGAGGAGAGGUUAUGUAUGACCAGAGUGUUCAACCAAUAGAAGGGAAUGGAUUCCGGGCAUUCUCGGGCACCUCUGAUUCUGAUAAGGCUGGCCCGAGGGAUAGACCUGUGGAAUUCGAGAGAGAGGCCGAAGAAGCUGAUCCAUUUGGUCUGUACCAGUUCUUGACAGAGGUUAAGAAGGGUAAGAAAGCCAUGGAUAAGGUGGAUAGUGGAGUAACUAUGAAAGCAAUUGCUGGGUCAUCCAUGCGAGAUCUGGUAGAACUAGUAUUGCCUUUGAAAGCGGGCGUUAAAAAGUUAUGUCAGUUGAGGUCAUGGUUUGACCCCUUGAUUUACCAAUGCCUAUGUUUCUCAAUUUGUGCUGGCUGA